CAAUUCUAAGAUCGAUCAACACCACAAGAGUGCAGCGACAAUGGUUAGCAUUCAGGAGUUAAGAAAAGCGCAACGAGCUGAAGGUCCGGCGACGAUUUUGGCCAUAGGGACUGCUACGCCGCCUAAUUGUGUAGACCAAACCACAUAUCCAGAUUACUAUUUUCGUAUUACCAAAAGCGAGCACAAGAAAGACCUCAAAGAAAAAUUUACUCGCAUGUGUGACAAAUCAAUGAUUAAAAAAAGAUAUAUGUACUUGACAGAAGAUAUAUUAAAAGAGAAACCAAAUAUUUGUGCCUACAUGGCACCUUCAUUAGACGAGAGACAAGACAUGGUGGUUGUUGAAGUACCAAAGCUCGGCAAGGAAGCAGCAACACGAGCCAUAAAGGAAUGGGGCCAACCCAAAUCCAAAAUCACCCACCUCGUGUUUUGCACCACGAGUGGUGUUGACAUGCCAGGAGCUGAUUACCAGCUCACAAAGCUGCUUGGACUUCGGUCAUCUGUCAAACGUUUUAUGAUGUACCAACAAGGUUGUUUUGCUGGUGGGACGGUCCUUCGUAUGGCUAAAGACUUGGCUGAGAACAACAAGGGGGCUCGCGUCUUGGUUGUUUGCUCGGAGAUCACUGCUGUAACUUUCCGUGGGCCUGAUGAAACCCAUCUUGAUAGCCUAGUGGGUCAGGCCUUGUUUGGCGAUGGCGCAGCCGCCAUCAUAGUUGGGUCUGACCCAUUAGUAGAUAUUGAAAAGCCACUUUUUGAGAUUGCUUCUGCUUCCCAAACUAUUCUCCCGGAUAGCGAGGGAGCAAUUGAUGGACAUCUUCGCCAAGUAGGGCUUACAUUUCAUCUUCUCAAAGAUGUUCCGGGCCUUAUCUCAAAACACAUCGAAAAAAGCUUAGUAGAAGCCUUUCAACCCUUGGGCGUAGUUGAUUGGAACUCACUUUUUUGGAUUGCACAUCCAGGCGGACCAGCAAUCUUGGACCAAGUGGAGGCAAAACUAGCCCUUACCCCCAAUAAACUGCGAGCCACGCGACACGUGCUUAGCGAAUAUGGGAACAUGUCAAGUGCUUGUGUACUCUUUAUCCUUAACGAAAUGAGACGUUCUUCGGCUACAGAUGGGUUCAAUACCACAGGAGAGGGUCUCGAGUGGGGUGUGCUGUUUGGGUUCGGGCCUGGACUAACCGUUGAAACCGUGGUCCUCCAUAGUGUACCCAUUUAAUUAGUGAUCCUAUGGUGUUUCUUAUUAGCCAUUAAUGUGGGCUUUUUCUACGCUAAAAAUUUCUUCUCCUUUUAUGGUUCUGAAAUACGCCAUUAAAUGAUUGUAAUUGUCAUUCCCUUUGUUAAUGUUGUUAUUUUAAUUGGAUAAUGUAACGUUCCGGUUUUUAAA